AUGGACGCGCUGUUCUCAAUCCCCUUUCUGUCGCUCUUGUUCGUGCCCGCCAUAUCGUCCUACAGUACGAGUCUCAACCUACUCUUCUUUUAUAUGACGUGGACCACCCUGGUACUCUCCCACUCUCCGCUCCGAGUAGAGCUAUUCGGCUCGACCGCCGCACGAUUACUAUUCCACGCGUUCCCCUCCCUCAUCUUCUUCCUCUUUGACAUCCUCGCCCCAUCCACCGCGGUCGCAGUCAAAGCGCUAGGCGAAUCCGGUCUACCUGGAGGCAAGAAGCGACACACGCUCCAAUUGAAACAGUUCAAAGUCGCAGGAUGGACGAUCUUCAAUCUCUGUCUAAGCGUUGCUGCACAAGCCGCGAUUGAGUCCCUCUUAGUCAGUGGACUUGGCGUGCGCAGUGCAAUCAAGGUCUCCAUGAAGCUCCCAAUGCCAUGGCAAAUGGUCAAGGACAUGUUCUUCGGGCUGUUGGUUCGAGAGAUCCUUACAUACGUUGUACACCGCUAUGUUUUGCACUCGAAGAAUAUCCUUGCCAAGUACCAUAAGAACUGGUACCACCAGCUUAAUGCGCCUUUCCCGCUCACCGCGCAUUACGAUCACCCGCUCGCAUACCUUGUGCAUAAAUUCCUUCUGACUUACCUGCCGGCUAUGCUCUUCCGCUUCCACAUGCUCACUUUCUUGCUCUAUCUGUCGAGUAUCUCGAUUGAGGAGACAUUUGCAUACUCAGGGUACACGAUCAUGCCGACUAGCUUCUUUUUGGGAGGCAUUGCGCGCCGCACCGAUAUGCAUUUGAUCGAUGGUGGAGUCGGGAACUUUGGACCUUGGGGUCUGUUGGAUUGGAUAUGUGGGACAACUGCUGGUGACAGGGAUAUUGAGGAUGAUUUGGCGGGUGAGCUUGAAGAGCAUGAGAUUGAAGAUAAGGUGAGGAAGGCUUUGGAGGCUUCGAAGCGUAAGGUUCGCGAGGGGACACUGCGGAGAAACACACCUGCGCGCACCCGCAGGAACGCACAUGCUUGA